ACUACUACUGCUCCUGCUGCUACUACUACUACUGCUGCUGCUGCUACUACUGCUACUACUACUACUACUACUACUACUACUACUGCUGCUGCUACUACUACUACUACUGCUGCUGCUCCUCCUCCUCCUACUACUGCUGCUACUACUGCUACUACUACUACUACUGCUGCUACUACUGCUACUACUACUACUACUACUACUGCUGCUGCUACUACUACUACUGCUGCUGCUGCUCCUCCUCCUACUACUACUGCUGCUGCUAUGACUACUACUACUACUGUUCUUACUACUGCUGCUACUACUGCUACUACUACUACUACUGCUGCUGCUACUACUACUACUACUGCUGCUGCUCCUCCUCCUACUACUACUGCUGCUGCUAUGACUACUACUACUACUGUUCUUACUACUGCUGCUACUACUGCUACUACUACUACUACUGCUGCUGCUACUACUACUACUACUGCUGCUGCUCCUCCUCCUCCUACUACUGCUGCUGCUACUACUACUACUGCUGUUGCUGCUCCUCCUCCUCCUACUACUGCUGCUACUACUGCUACUACUACUACUACUGCUGCUACUACUGCUACUACUACUACUACUACUACUACUACUGUUGCUACUACUACUACUACUGCUGCUGCUCCUCCUCCUCCUACUACUGCUGCUGCUAUGACUACUACUACUACUGUUCUUACUACUGCUGCUACUACUGCUACUACUACUACUACUGCUGCUGCUACUACUACUACUACUGCUGCUGCUCCUCCUCCUACUACUACUGCUGCUGCUACUACUACUACUACUACUACUACUGUUCUUACUACUGCUGCUACUACUGCUACUACUACUACUACUGCUGCUGCUACUACUACUACUACUGCUGCUGCUCCUCCUCCUCCUCCUACUACUGCUGCUACUACUGCUACUACUACUACUACUGCUGCUACUACUGCU